AUGCGCCCAGAGUUAGAGACCUUGUUAGCAAUAGUCCGGUUUAUAGAUGUCAAUUCUCUGCCAUUGUAUAAGAAGGUUAAAGAGGCACUAGCGGAGCCAACAUUCAUGGAGAAUGAGGGCUAUUUGGAGAUUUACUGUCGCCACGCAUAUGCUCACUCCACGAUCUCGGGCAUCGAGACUCUCCUAGCUGUCCUUAAGGGCCCUGAUAUGGAGUCUCCAUCUGACUAUGAUGAUUCAGGUGAAGAGAUGGAGAGAGCCACAGCCGAACCCCAUGAUCAUGUCAGGCCUUUACAAACUGUAGUUACGAGAGAACGGGGAGUCUAUGAUGGCGAAGAUUCCAACGAUAUACUCAGGGAGGUCGGUGGAGGGUACUUCAAGGUCAACUGGCUGACUGAGCCGCUAUGGAGGAGUGUUGGCUUGGUUCAUCUAAUAUACGGAAAUCACGCAGGUAUAAACACUGUGUACACCUACGCUGCGCUCGUCAUUGGCGUUCCAUCUGUGAAUCAACGCCGGGGUAUUACGGGAUUGCCGGUUGAGCUUCAUUAA